AUGGCCUAUGUGAAUGUCACAUGCACUUUCCUCAAUAAAGACUAAGUUGUUUUGAAAUGUGAAAUCUAAAAUAUUAGAAAUGAAUUGCAUAAAAAAGUUCAAAAUAUCUCAUUUGAUAAUAUUCUUUUGAUUGAUGAGAAUGAUUAAGUGUAUACCGCAACCAGUGCUUUAUAUUAAUCAAAAAUAAAUUAGAAAUAUUAGUAUUUCUUUAAAGUUUGGGAUGCUCUUCAACUUUACAGAGAGCAUUAAGAAUUAAUAAAAAUUAAGGAACAUAAUUAUAAAAAAUUGCAAGAGAUGGAAUAAAAAAUUAAAAAUUUAGUUGAAGAGGAGAAUGAAAAAGAAAAAUAGCACAAUUUGGAAAUAAAAUAAUUAUUUGAAAAUAAUAAAACUUAAAGUGCUGACAUCCUUAGCUAAAAGCAAGUAGAAAUGGAAAAAAUGAAAGCUGAUAAAGAAAAAUAAAUUCAGGAAAUUUAGGAAAAACAUGAUAGGCUGGAAUUAGAACUAAAUUAGAUGAAUACAAGAUGUAACAACCUAGAAUAAAAUAUUUAGUAGUUAUAAGAAGACAUUUAAACAUAAUAAAGAAACUAUGAGAUAUAAUUAUAAAAAAAGAAUGAAGAAAUACAGAAUGAAAUAAAUAAAAAGAAUUAAGAACUAUAGAAUUUAAAUGUGUAGUGGCAAAAUUAUUUUAAUUAGGUGACCACUUAAUGUUAAUAACAAUUUUCACAACAGAUGCAAUUGGCCACUAAUGCAAACAAUGAAUUAGUUGCAUAAAUAGAUCAUCUUUAAAGAGAACUUGGAGAGGAAUCAUUAAAUUCAAAAGCUGAGAUAGAUAGACUAAAAUUAUAGUUAAAAUCAGAAAAGGAAAAAUUAUUGAGUGCUAACGAUAGUAUUUAUUAGUUAGAAAGUAAUGCUACAUAGUUAAAUGACAAAAUUAGAAAGUUAGAUAAAGAUUUGAAACUAAGCAAUAAUAAAAUUAAUGAAUUAGAUAUGAUUUAUAGAACAACAAAUAAUAGCGCUCAAGACGCAAAUACUACUCUUGGUUAAAGAGACAUAGAGAUAAAAAAAUUAUAAAGUGCAAAUAAGAGUUAAACAGCUCAAAUUGAGGAAUAUAUAGAAGAGCUCGCUAGGUUAUAAAAUUCAAAAUAAUAGUUGGAAGGUAAAGCAAGUAGCUAACAGUAGCAAAUUACAGGAUUAAAUUCAAAAAUAGAUGAAUUAAAUGAUGAUAUUGAACGUCUGAAAGGAGAAUUAACAAAAAAAAAAUAAGAAUAUGACAAAUAAACUGGCGACUUGAGGUUAUUAUAAUAAUAAAAGGAAUUUGUUGAAACAGAAUUAAAAGAUUUAAAAAGUUAAUUAUACUAAACCAAGGAAUAAUUAGAAUAAUAACAAAGUGGAGGAUAAAGCAAUGAAAAGCAAAUAUCACAACUCAAAACUCAAAUUAUUAAAUUUGAAUAAGAAUUAAAAACAGCUCAAAGUUUAAAUAAAGAAAACUAAGACACUGUAAGAUAAUAAAAAUUAAAAUUGUAAGAAAAAGAUGGGUAAAUAGGCUAAUUAGAAAUUAAACUACAAUAAAUUGAAAAAUCAUUAAAGCUAAAAGAGGAAUAGCUUUUAAGUGAUUAAGCUUAAAACAAAAAAUAUAGAGAACAAAUGGAUGAAACUAUUAAAUUAAUAAAGCAAGAGAUGGAAUUAACAAAUUUAAAACUAAGUGUCAAAGAACAUAUUCUUUCAAAAUUAUCUAGGCAAGAUGAUAAAUAUCAAGAUAAAGUAGUUGGUGUUAUGGAAAAAAUUAUGUCAUCACCUCAUAAAAUUAAAGAAUUUAAUAAAGAUUAGAAUGCUAAUCUUGACCUGAAGGAAUAUGAUAUUUUUGAAAUAACUGUUGAAUCUGAUUAAGCAAAGCAACUUUUGAUUAAGAAUUAAUAUUUCUUAUUUGAAUAGUGCUUAAAAAAGACUCCAAAAGGAAAUGUGAAAUUAAAUAGAAGUCUAUAACCAAAUGCUGAGUCCACAUUUUUUAAGGGUUAUUUAAGUAUUGUGACUGAGGCAACCUAAGAUGAAUUCAAAGGAAAAUUCUUAUUAAGAAAAGAUCUAAUAUCUUAAAAUUUACCUUUUAUUAAUAUAGAUGAGGCAGCUUAAAUGUCUAAAAACAACUUCUUAUGCUAAUUUUUGAUGGAUUAAUAUAAUAAAGUCUUAAGAUCAUAAAAAUUAAAAGAGGGAGACUAUAAAAUCGCCAGACAAUUUGUAUUAAAAGAUAAAGAUAAAGAAGAAUACUAUUAUUGUGAAAUGGUUGAGGAAGGGGAUUUUAAAAAGAUUAAUGGUGGAGUAUUUAUACCUAAAGAUAAAAUAGAAGCAGAUUCAUAUUUUAAUGCCUUCUCUAAAUAUGUAUAUGCAUUUUCAAAGGAAGGUUAUAUUAUAUCUCAUCUUUAAAUUUGUGGAAAAUUUGUUUAUGAUAUGAUAGUUAGUACAAAUUAUAAAGGAUUGUUUUCAACUUUAGAUUAAGGAUAAAGUGAAAUUGGAUAGGUUUUAGAAAUGAUUAAUGCCUUAAAAUAAGAUGAAAUUAAACUCCAUUGGAAUCAAAAAAUAGAAGAUGUUGCUAAAGAGGGACUUAAAUGAGAUAAUCUAAAUAAUCAAUAGUAUAAAAUAUUAAAAUAAUAUGAAAUUA